GGUCUGCGGUGAGGGUUUGGUUUGAUCGAGUCGUUGCCCUUGUGCCAGCCUGCUGGCCGUGAAUGCUGGUGCAAGAACAACUUGAGUGACUCACAAGCGAGCAGUUUUAAAUUCGAGCUUCAGCGCGUGCCUUAGGGACACAAGAGGGCAGUCCAGCAGCUCACACCGCACUGGCUACAACGUAGCGGCUGCGCGACACCAAGAGAUGUCCUUCGCGAGACGGACAGCCGCCGUCGUCCAGCAGUGCUCGCGCAAACAACCGCGGCAGCCGGUCAGCCGCCGGCGCAGCGACGAGGCGGUCGACGAGCCGCCGCGGCAGCACAUGAGCCGGCCGCAGCAACUGAGCCGGCCGUCCCUGACCACGUUCGAGGACCGCGUCACGAGCGUCACCCAGGAACUGGUCGGCGCCUACGCCCAGCGGACGACGCUGCUCGAGGCCGAGGUCAGCGGCCUACGAUCAGAUUUGGAGCAGCGCAAACGGGCGGAGGCCGAGGUCGCGGCCGAGCGCGACCGCCUGGAGGAUCUGUUGAGAAGGUGCGACGCGGACCUGGACGAGGAGCGCGCGGCGGCGCGAGAAGCCUUGCUCGCCGUCGAGCUCGUCGAGGAGGCGCUCCGUGCGUCGGGCGCGCACGACGACUUCGGGUCUGAUAGUGACGAGUCCUGGGCAGACAAAGACGGCCUCGUCGCGACGCCCUCGCCCUUCGCGCGCGAGACGCCGCCGCGGACGCCCUCGGCGCCGACGGCGCGCCGCGCGACGCUGCUCGGCGCGCGCGCGCGCCGCGAGCUCAAGCGCUGGACAGCGCGGCGCGAGCGCGCCGUGAACGCGGCGGCCGACGCCGACGCGGCCGUGAACGCGCGCCAGGCGCACGUCGACGCGCGGGCCGCGGACGACGAGGUCAGCCGCGGCCGCCUCGGCCAGCUGCGCGUCGCCGCGGCCGAGGCGCUGCGCGCGCUGUCGCGGCCCGCCGACGACGCUUCGACGGACGAAUUAGAUAUGCGCGUCCGGGCCGCGCGCGACGCGCUCAGGCGCGUGGCCGCGACGAUCGCGCGCGAUUUGGCGGACCUCGACGUGCGCGAGGCGGCGCUGAGCGCGCGCGAACUUUCAGGGGAUGCGCUGCGGGGCGGCGUCGACAACUGGCGGGGCCGCGCCGCGGCCGCGCGCCGUGCGUGCGCCGCCGACGAGGCGCGCAAGGCCGUCGUCGCGGAGCAGGUCGCCGCCUUGGAAAACGAGCGCCGGCGCCGCGAGGAGGUCAAGGCGCGCCAGGAGCGGGCGCUGGCCAAGCUGACGGCGGCGACCGCCGCCGCCGAGGCGCGCGCGCGGGACGCGCUCGACGAGACGACGCGGGCGACCGACGCCGCCGCGCGGUCGACGGCCGUCGCGGACCAGGCGGCCCUGGCCGAGGAAGACAACGCUCGCCGGCGAACUGAGGCCGAGGCGGCGCGCAUCGCGGCGGAGGAGCGCGCUGCGCGCGCCGAGGCCGCGGCAUUGGCUUCGGAGGCGCGGGCGGCGUCAUUGCUCGCGAGGGAACAGAACGCCGCGCGCUCCCUCAAGCACUUCGCUGAUGAUUUGGCGCGGCGGCGGCGCGCCGCGGCCGCGGGCGACGCGUUAUUCGUCGCGCACGGCGCCGCGCGGCGCGCCGAGGCCGUCGCUACGACCGCCGCGACCGUCGCGACAGCCACGACGCGCAUGGCGGCGGCGACCUUCGCGACCUUCGCGGCGGAGGAAACGACGCGGGAGAGCCUCCGGGCCGCCGACGCCGCCAAGGACUUAAGAGAGUUGCGCCUCGCGGCGGCCUCCGCGGCGACGGCGGCGCGCGACGCGGCCCUCGCCGAGGGCCGGCGGCUCGAGGCCUCGGCGGCGCAGAUUCGGGCCGCGUCCGACGAGCGCGCGCUGCUCGCCGACGCCCGGGACGAGGAGACCCUGGCGGCCCUGCGCGAGGCCCACACGCAGCGGAAAAGCGCCGAGGCCGAUCGGAAGAAUGCGGACGACGUCGCGCUCGCGCAGCGCGCGGUCGACGCGGCCCUGGCGGCUCAAAAAUGCGCCAUCGACGAAGCGGACGCGCAGAGCCGCCGGGAGCUGGCCGAGACGGCCGCCGCCGCGCGCGACGAGCUUGCCGUCGCGAGAAAGGCCCUGGACGCGGACCGCGAGGCGCUCGCCGCGCGGUGCCGCGAGGCCGACCAACAAACCCAGCGCGACGCCGCCUGGCACAAAGCAACAACCAAAGCGACGAAGGCGCGCGAGGCGGCGUCCGUCGAGGAGGCCGAGCGUCUGGAGACGCAGCGCCAGGCCCUCGAGACCGAGGCGUCGAGGCUGGUGGAGCGGGAGCGAGCCCUCGAGGCCGAAUCCGAGAAGCUGAGGGUCGCGACGGAGGACCUCGCGGCGGAGGUAGACGAGGCAGCGCGCGCGGCUACGGAGGCGUCGGCGCAGCAGGCCGCCGCCGCGGCCCGGGCCGCCCAAGUCGAGGCGGCCGCCGCAUCGCUCAAGAGCGAUCGAGCCGCCUUCGAGCAACGGCGGGCGGACCUCGCGAAAGCCGUCAAGGGCGAGGCGGCCCAGGUCGCCGCGCGUACUCACGAGGCCGACCUGCGCGUCGCCGAGGCCGUCGCGGCCGAGGGCGCCGCGCGGGCCCAAGUAUCGCAAUUGGAGGAGGGCUCCGCGGCAGACGCGGCCGUCGGCGACGCUUUGAAAGCUGAGGCGGCCCGCCUCGCGUCGCUGUACGACGACGCGCUCCGCGCCGACUCGGACGCGCGGCGGACGGCGCGCGCGACCGCGAUGCGAGCGGACGCGGCGGCGGCCGACGUGGCCGCGCGGCGCGCCCACGUCGAGGACCGCUGCCGCGCCGCGGACGAGCGCCUCGCCAAGGCCGACGCCGCGAUCGCCGACGCUAUUCAAGCGAGAGACGACGCUCUGUUGAAGGCGAAGCAGGCGCAGCACCACGCCGAGCAGGCCCUGGCGACGCAGAAGCAGUGCGACGCGCACGAGCUCGCGCUGCAGGGCAAGCUCGAGACGGCGUCGACCGCGGAGGCCCUGGCGCGGAAGGAGGCCUCCAGUAUUCUCGACGUGGCGCGCCAGGAGGCUUCUACUAUUUUGGAAGAAGCCAAGGGCCGCGUGACGGCGGCGGAACGGGAAGCGACCACGAUCGAGGGCGAGGUCGCGGCGCUGCGAGCCAAGUGCGCCGCCGAGGCGUCGACGCACGACGCGCGCGUCGCCGAAGCUCGAAGAGUGACGGCGGCGCUCGAGAAGGACGCCGAGGCCUGGGCAGGCCGCGCCAAGGCGAGCCGCGAGGAGUGCGAGCGCGCCGAGCGCGACCUGAGCGACCUGCGCGACCAGAACGCGGCGCAGAGCACGGCCCUGAUCAAGGCGACGGACACGGCCCAGGCGGACCGCGCGUACUCGCCUGUGUGGAAAUCAAAAUUAUACGGCGCGUUCGCGCUGAAUCGUCGCGUUUUGGCCCCGGCACACUGGUUGAUUUCCACACAGGUCGCGGGACGCCAUGCUCGAGGCGGCUCAAGCCCACCUCGAUUUCGCGGCGCGGACGAGGAAGGAGGCCGAAGAAUCGGCCGCGCGCGACUCCAGGGCCCUCGCCGAAAAGCGGACGCUGGAAGAUGCGGAGCGGGAUGCGCGCGAGGCGCGGCUCGUCGGGGACCUCGAGGCGAAGAUUCGGGAGUUGGAGGAGACGCGCCGCGCGAAAGAGGCCGAGUUCGACGCGGCGCGGCGCCAGGCGCGGGACAAAGCAGACAAUCUGCAGCAGCGCGCCGACGCCGAGGAGGCGCGAUUACGUUCUGCAAGUUCGCAGGCCGACGUCGCCGCGUCGCGGUUGGCCGCCAUCGAGGCGCGGUGCGCGGAGCUCGACACGCGGUCGGCGCAGUACCUCGAGGAGGCCAAGCGGGAGAUCGACCGCGCGGCACAGAAGACGGCCGCCGCCGACCUGGCCGCGGAGCAGGCCCGAGCGCUGGCGGGCGGCGCGCGCCGGGAGAUCGACGACGCCGAGCGCACGGCGCGGGCGGAGGUCGCUAAGGCCGAGUCCGCGGCGGCGGCGGCGCUCGGGCGCGCGGAAGCCGCGGAGGCGGAUGCUCGUCGGCAGCGGGACUUAGCCGCGGCGGCCGAAGCCUCGUCACGCGACCGGGCCGACGAGGCGGCGCGAGCCUUUGCGGAGCGGGAUAAGCACGUCGCGAUGACUGAGGCACUGCGCGCUGCCGCCAAGAACGCCGAGAACGAAGCCAAGGCAGCACAGUCCCGGGCUGACAAGGCCGACGCCGCGCGCGAGGCGGCGAAGCGGCAUGCCGCCCGGGCCGCCGACGACGCGGUGCGCGCUGCCUCCGAGCGCGAGCGGCAACACCUCGAGGAGGCGGUGGCCGCGGCCGACGCGGCGGGCGCCGCGCGCGCCGGCAAGCUGCUAGAAAGCACGCUUCGCUUAGUGGCGACCAAAGACGAGCAACUCCAGGACGCGCGUGCGAAGCUCGACGCGGCGACGCGAGAAGUGUCGGAAGCGCGGGCGACCGUGCGCCGGGAGAUCAGCGACGCGAAAACGCGCCUCGAGGCGGAACGGGAGCAAGCCUUGCAGGCGCUCGAGUCGGUGCGGCGGGAUUUAGUUAGAGAGAAGGAGCUGCUCGACGUCCAGCGGAGCGAGCUCGCCGUGCGGACGGAGGAAGCUUCUGAAGCGCUACGGAACUACCCGACGCCCGCGGACGCGCAACGAGCUGUCUCCCGCCUGGAAAGCGCACUGCGGCCGACGCAGCCGCUGGCGCGCGAGAUAUUUCCCGGGAACCUUCCUCUGACGCCUCCGCGACGACGGCGCGUCGUCGACGAGGACCGCCUGACGCCGCCGCGGGACGACCCGCGGCGCAAGCCUAUGCUGCGGCGUGGGCUCUCGGCGAUCGUGGGCGUGGCGAGUCGUCGGCGGGCGGCGCGGGCUGUGGCUGAUAUAGGCGACCGCAAUCGGUUGCGCGCCGCGCUUUCGGUCUGGACGCGCAGACAUUCGCCGCGGGGCGUGAGUUUUAAUUUGAACGUGUGAACUA